AUGAAGGAAUCUAAACUAAUGGACAUGGUUGCGGAGCUCAUGACAUUUGGUGGACAUAAGUUAAUUAAAGGUAUUUAUUUUCAGGCCAAGACAGACAGGUUGGCUCCCAUGCUGGUUUCAUUGCCGAAGCCACAGAGGGCUAAGCUGCUCCUCCCGCCCGGUCGUUGGACCACCUACAGAGAAGAUGAGAGCAUUCAAUUCCCUUUUGAGACGUUUGUGCCAAAACUGCAGUUUCUCAGUAUUGUGCUGCCGAAGGAGCUACCCAGGCUGGUCAAGAUUGAAAGAUUAAGAAGGAAGUUCUUAGCUGCCAAUAUGAAGAAGAUGCUCCGUGAGCUGGGCAUACAGCCUUACUGGCUGCUGCCGGUCGACGAGUUCAAGCUGACUGACAUGGAACACUAUGGCCUCUACAGCCCCUUUCCGAAACUGGAUUUGGAGAUUUUUGAUAACACCGACUUUGAUUGCCGUAUUCCUGACGAAUGGAUGUCUUUGGGGAUGAUUGACGGCGAACAGUACCCUUGUCCCGGGCUGGCUUUCAUCCCUAAGGAUGAUUCUAAGCCCUCCAAGUCCAACGGAGAUGUCAUUCAAAAUUUGAACAAUUUAUACGAGUGGACGAACGUUGCGGCCAUCAACUAUGACGUAAAGAAUGACAAAUGGGAAGUCAUGGCCCUCGAUGGGACUAAGAGACAUUAUCUCAUCCCUCGCGUCCGGCUGAUGUUCAAGGCUGAUGAUCCAGAGACAUUCGCGCAACGCGUCAAAUUCGCUGUCGAUCUAAGAAAGGAGGUCGAGAAUAAUCUCAGGUUUUACCUGUACUUGGAUUGCUUGCUACUGGAAGGUCUGCCAGAGAUGCCCCUACAGUACAUGCCCAAGAUACUGAAGAUGGUGCUCAUCCACCGCCAGUCCAAGGACGUGGAUGAAGAGCAUAUGAACUCGCUUAAACAGGAGGUGGAACUUCUAUACACGAAGAUGGAAGGCAAAAUGAAGAUAAUCUACACUAUACAGAAGUAUAAAGAUUUGUAUAACUUCAUAAAUGUACCCACGCCUGACUACGUGGCACCCGUGCCCGAGUAUGGCAGACACCCAUGCGUGAUGGAGGACUUCCACGGGCGGCUGAAGUACAACCAGUGGUACUCCUUGUACGUGCUCACCGAGUCCGUGGCCUGCAUACAUCUCGUGGUCGACGAGUGUCUCAAGGUGGAGUCCAUGUUGUUCUUCACCGCUAACUACGGCAGGAACGCCAGUCUGGCGGAGUUCGACGCGGCGCAACAACACUGCACCUCUAUGAUGUUGAAAUAUCUGAACAUAUCGUGGCUGAAUCAAACUGCUCAUGCCAUCAGGAUGUCGUUUCGCGACGUCGGUAAAGGAUGGUUCAAUAUUUACGAGAAGAAGUGGGAGUUCUACGGAGUGAGUAAGCUUUGCCGGUUUAUGCAGCUCGUCAGGUUUCGCAUGCAGUACGCGCUGCGCUACUGCAUCGAGCAGUCGAUGGCGAUGCUGGUGGCGCUGUGCGAGACGCCGUGCCUGUGCACGUACGUCUGCGACGACGACUACGAGUGGGACUCCAACGACCUCAUCAACUCGCCCUUCCGCUCGCCCACCGUCACGCUCUUCUACUUCCAUCUCAUGAUGAACGAGAGAGGACCUUACUAUACCACCGAUCCGGCGCAGUUUGAGGUGGUGAUUCAGCGUCUGUUCCGUGAGAUGCUGUACCGGUGCCACUUCAUCCCUCAAGUGCACCCCAUGAUCAUGACAGGCCUCGUCUUCGACAAGGAGUUGUUCCUCACCUCUAUAGGUCUGAUGGAGCCCAAUGUGGUGGACUACAGAGAACGGUUGUUGAAGGCCUACAGGAAAGCCAUCAUCCCUCUGAAGGCAUACAUGAGACAGUAUGCGUGCUACAGGGAAAUAUAUAUGCUGAACAUUGAAGAGUAUGUCGAGAAUUACCGCAACGAGAAGCAUUCAGCGUCUGAGACGAAGGAGGAAGUCCAGAUCCACUACGACGCUAAACAGGAUCUGAUCUGGCGUCUUCCACAGUUCAUCAACAUCGGACCCUUUGCUAUCAACGUCGACUCUUUGAAACAACUGCUAGUGAACAAGCGGUCGGACAUAAUCAAAGCGUUACUAGUGAUGUGGGCAGAGGAGGUUCGUCUAGUUGUCGAUGACGUGAUCACCGCAUACAAGGGCAUCAUGCGCAAGCUAGGCGAGAAGCCCAACACUAUAGAGCACGUGUUCGAGAUCAGAGAAUGGAUGGAGUCGAUACCCUUCGCGCUGAAGACACAAGAUGAUAUUAUGAGGAAGGUGCACUCGGACUACGAAGUAUUGGAAGCUUUCUUCAUGCCUCUAGAGAACGAGGACUUUAGAGCUCUGUGGGAAGCUAUCGGGUGGCCUCUGCAAAUAACUAAACAGGUGGAUGACACAGUUCUGUUCCUAGAGGAAGAGCAGGAGAAGUUCUGGAAGCUGCACAUGCAAGACGAACAGACGCUAUACGACAAGAUCGACAUGUUCACCGCGCAGUGCAUGACACUCACUCUACAGAACGACUUCUCUAAGGUGCAUGAAAUUGCCAAUGACAUCAAAAAAGCUUGGAAGGCGAUGAAGGACGCUCAGGACUGGGGCCGCAUCCUCAACCAGAGACAGAAGUUGUUCGGCCAGCCAGUCGUCGCCUUCGCGGAUCUUAACAAGCUGGUUAAGGAGUUCGAACCUUAUAGGAAUCUAUGGGUCACUGCUUCAGAUUUCCUGAAAGCCCGCGAGGUGUGGCUGGACAAUCCGCUGAUGUACGUGGACGCGGACACCAUCGAGCCGCUCGUCAACGAGUACUACAAGACCAUCAUCAAGUGCGUCCGCACCUUCCAGGACAUGCCCAAAGUGCAGGCCGUCGCUGUUACUAUACGGGACAAUAUCGACGAAUUCCGUCCAUUGAUACCGAUCAUACAGGCGGUGAGGAACCCGGGCAUGAAGGAGCGACACUGGAACGAAUUCAUGGAGAAAGCAGGUAUAACGGUAACGAUGAACGAGAAGCAGACGUUCCAGAUGUGCCUGAAGCAGGGUGUAGCCGCUCACGGCCAGCUCAUCGCCGACAUCGGCGAGCUGGCCAGCAAGGAGUACGUCAUCGAGCAGUCGCUCGACAAGAUGCAGGCCGAAUGGGCUAAUAAGGCUCUUGAAAUGAACGCUUACAAGAACACCGGCACAUUUAUAAUGAAGAUAGCAGACGAAACACUGCAGUUGUUAGACGAACAUCUUCUCGCGACUCAGCAGUUAGGGUUCAGUCCCUUCAAGGCGGCGUUCGAGCUUCGAAUCCAGGAGUGGGACGAUAAACUGCGCCUCACACAGAAAGUCGUUGAUGAAUGGAUAGAGUGCCAGAAAGAAUGGAUGUACCUAGAGCCGAUCUUCACGUCGGAGGACAUAGCGCGGCAGCUGCCGAUGGAGACGAAGAAGUACGGCACCAUGGAGCGUAUCUGGCGACGCAUCAUGUCUUCCGCAGCCGCCUGUCCUAAGAUAAUGAUAAUAUGCCCAGACAGUAGACUGUUGGACAGUCUGUCAGAAGCCAUUCAUCUCCUGGCCGUGGUCUCCCGAGGCCUGAACGAGUACAUGGAGCUGAAGCGGCUACGGUUCCCGAGGUUCUUCUUCCUCAGUGAUGAUGAGCUACUGGAGAUCCUGUCACAGAGUAGGAACCCUAGGGCUGUGCAGCCUCAUCUGAGGAAGUGCUUCGAGAAUAUUGCCAAGGUGACGUUCCAAUCAGACUUACUGAUCACACACAUGCACUCGAGCGAGGGCGAGAUCGUGGAGCUCAAGUACAAGUUCAUGCCUUCCUCCAACGUGGAGCAGUGGCUGCUGCUGCUUGAGGAUACCAUGAGGCACUCCAUCCGUCUGACGCUGAUUGCGGGUCUGGCGGAGCUGUGGGAGAUGCCGCGCUCGCAGUGGGUGCUGCGCUGGCCGGGGCAGGUGGUCAUCGCCGGCUCGCAGACCGCCUGGACCGCCGGCGUCGAGAACGCCAUCGACGAGUACCGCAUGGAGUUCUUCUUCGACGAGAACCUGAAGAUGCUGGACUCGCUGCGCGCGCUGGUGAAGGGCGAGCUGACGUACUUCCAGCGCGAGGUGCUGUGCGCGCUGAUCGUGGUGGAGGUGCACGCGCGCGACGUCACGCGCACGCUCGUCGACGAGAACGUGCGCAACCUCGCCGACUUCCAGUGGAUCUGUCAGCUCAGAUACUAUCAAAACGUGAAGCCGAUGUGGCCUCUAGAAGCUGACGAGACGCCGGACAUCUUCCAAGAUGAAGUGCACCUGGAUACCAGCCGGUAUUACCGGCAGUUCAGUCAGAACACCUGUGAUGUUAGAGCUCUUAACUCCAUCUUCACCUAUCAGAACGAGUAUCUUGGUAAUAGCGGGCGGCUGGUGAUCACGCCGCUGACGGACCGCUGCUACCUGACGCUGAUGUGCGCCAUGCACCUGAAGUUCGGCGGCGCGCCCGCCGGGCCCGCCGGCACCGGCAAGACGGAGACCACCAAGGAUUUAGCAAAAGCCUUGGCUGUCCAGUGCGUCGUGUUCAACUGUUCCGACCAGCUCGAUUUCAUGGCUAUGGGCAAGUUCUUCAAAGGGUUGGCCGCAUCGGGCGCAUGGGCAUGUUUCGACGAGUUCAAUCGCAUCGAUAUUGAAGUGCUGUCCGUCGUCGCUCAACAGGUGGUGACGAUACAAAAGGCUCAGAUAGCGCGCUUGGACCGGUUCAUGUUCGAAGGCGUGGACUUGCCGCUGAAGGCUUCUUGCUCAGUGUUCAUCACCAUGAACCCUGGGUACGCAGGUCGUACCGAGUUGCCGGAUAACUUGAAGGCACUGUUCCGUCCUAUCGCGAUGAUGGUGCCGGACUACGCGCUCAUCGCUGAGAUCUCGCUCUUCUCGUUCGGCUUCUCGGAGGCCAAGAUCCUAGCCGGCAAGAUCACCACCACCUUCAGGCUUAGUUCCGAACAGUUGUCUACUCAGGACCACUACGACUUCGGCAUGCGAGCCGUGAAGACGGUGAUCACGGUGGCUGGCAACCUCAUCCGACAGAUGCCCGACGGCGACGAGCGGCAGAUCGUGCUGCGGGCGCUUAAAGACGUCAACGUGCCCAAGUUUCUAGCUAACGAUCUCGUGCUGUUUAACGGUAUAAUAUCGGACCUGUUUCCGCGCGUGGAGGUGCCGGUAGUGGACUACGGUAUCAUGGAGCAGUCUAUACGCAACAUGCUCACUAAGAAAGGAUACGAUGAUCUUUACUCGUUUAUCUUCAAAGUGAUACAACUGUAUGAGACGACGGUAGUGCGACAUGGUCUCAUGUUGGUGGGGCCGGCCGGCGCCGGGAAAACUAAGUGUUACGAGACCCUACGCGAUGCUCUAACCGCCAUCAAAGGCAAGCUGGCUCCGGACGGGUUCCCAUUCACGCCGGUACAUACGUUUGUGGUCAACCCCAAGUCUAUCACCAUGGGACAGCUUUACGGGGAGUUUGAUCUGCUUACACAUGAAUGGACGGACGGUAUACUCUCGAGCCUGGUCCGCGCCGGCAUCGCGGUGGAAGACAUGGACCGGCGGUGGUACGUGUUCGACGGACCAGUAGACGCUGUGUGGAUCGAGAAUAUGAAUACUGUGCUAGAUGACAACAAGAAGCUAUGCCUAUCCAGCGGCGAGAUCAUGAAACUGACAGACCGUCAGCGCAUGAUCUUCGAAGUAGCAGACUUGACGGUGGCCUCUCCAGCCACCGUGUCCAGAUGCGGGAUGGUGUACCUGGAUGCUCAGGUGGUCGGCCUGCCGCCGCUUAUUAAUGCCUGGAUCAAGAGUAAUUUGCCAGCAAUAGCAGACCCGAUCCGCAAGUCCCUCGUACCCCUGAUCUCCACAUACCUGUACCCUGCACUGGAGCUCUUACGCUCCAAGCUGACGGAGAUAGUUGGCUCCAUCGACUCUUCCCUCGUCAUCAAGUUCUUGGAGCUGCUGGACUACCGGCUCCGGCCUCUGACGGGGAAGGAUGACAGGCCCCCCCCAGCGGCUAACUUUUUGGCUUUGAUGCCUCGGUUAGCUCCUCUGUGGGUGGUUUGGGCGGUCAUUUGGUCAGUGGGCGCGACGUGCGACCACAACGGUCGCGCGAUAUUCUCCGACUUUAUCCGCGAGACGACCACCGAGGCCGGUCUGAAACCGCUGUUCCCCGCUGAGGGGAGGGUCUAUGAUUACACACUGCAUGACGGCGGGUUCACUGACCCGACGGAGGACGGCGAGCCGGCGGCGCCGUACUGGUACAGCUGGAUGGCCAAGCUCGGCAAGUACGUCGUCGACCCCGACUGGCAGUAUGCUGACAUCGAAGUCCCCACAAUGGACAACGUGCGCAGCGCCGCAAUCCUGGGCUACAAGAUAGUGAACUACAACCACGUGAUCUGCGUGGGCCCCACCGGCACCGGCAAGACGGUCACCAUCACCGCCAAGCUGUCCCGCGGCCUGCACAGGAAGUUCAUCUGCGAGUUCCUCGUCUUCUCUGCUAGGACCUCGGCUAACCAGACCCAGGACGUAAUAGACAGCAAGCUAGAGCGUCGGCGUCGCGGCGUGUUCGGGCCGCCGCCCACCAAGCGCCAGGUGUUCUUCAUAGACGACCUCAACAUGCCCGCGCUUGAGGUCUUCGGGGCCCAGCCGCCUAUCGAGCUCUUGAGGCAGUUCAUGGAUUUCGGAGGUUGGUACGACCGCUCCAACAUCGGCGAGUUCAAGAUGCUAGUAGACGUGGGUAUAGUGGCCGCCAUGGGCCCGCCGGGCGGCGGCCGCAACCCUGUCACCAUGCGCCUCAUGCGACACUUCCACUACGUCUCCUUCACUGAGAUGGAGUACUCCAGCAAGUACGGCAUCUUCUCUACGAUCCUCAACUCUUGGACCCGCAACAUCGACCCGAAGGUCCCGCCAGUCCGCGAGGCUCCCUUCCUCAAGGCUUCCAUAGAGAUCUUCAGCGCUCUGGUGGAGGAACUGCUCCCGACCCCCACCAAGUCUCACUACACCUUCAACUUGAGGGAUUUGAGCAAGGUCUUCCAAGGAGUACUCAUGAUGGAUGCUAAGACUGUCACUCACGAAGACGACGUGAUCAGGCUCUGGUACCACGAACACUUGAGAGUGUAUCAGGACCGGCUUGUGAACGACGCCGAUCGACAGUGGUUUACUAACUUAAUGAACAAGAAGGUUCGUUCGGAGUUCCAGAAGGAUCCUCACGAAUUGCUAGAAGAUCGACUGAUGCUGUUCGGGGAUUUCAUGGACCUCGGCGCAGACGAAAAGAAAUACGCUGAAAUCGUCGAUAGGGACGAGUUAGCAGACGUUCUGAGCCACUAUUUAGAAGAGUACAACAUAUCGACGACAGCGCCUCUAGACUUGGUGCUGUUCGACGAUGCCGUGGCGCAUCUGUGCCGCAUCGCCCGCAUCAUGCGACAGCCUAUGGCCAAUGCCUUGUUGUUAGGCAUGGGUGGUUCUGGUCGCCAGUCCCUGUCCCGGCUGUCGGCGAACAUGACGGAGCUGGCCUGCAUCCAGAUCGAGAUCACGAAGGCGUACGGGCUGUCGGAGUGGCGCGACGACCUCAAGCAGACCAUGCUCAAGGCCGGCGCAGAGAACCGCGGGAUCGUCUUCCUCUUCUCGGAUGCACAGAUAAAAAUGGAAUCAUUCCUCGAAGAUUUAAACAACAUCCUGAGCUCCGGAGACGUGCCCAACAUAUACGAAGUUGAAGACCUAGAUAAGAUCUACCAAGCCGUCCGUCACGCGGUCAUGGAGAUGAACCUCACGGCGACUAAGACGAACUUGUUCGCGUGCUACCAGCGACGAGUGCGGAGUAACAUGCAUAUCGUGGUUGUUAUGAGCCCUAUUGGCGAGAUAUUCCGUUCCCGCUUACGCCAGUUCCCGUCUCUCGUGAACUGCUGUACCAUAGACUGGUUCAGCGAGUGGCCGAAGUCAGCGCUGGAGUCCGUCGCCUUCCACUUCUUCGAGACCAUGGGGGAACUGUCCGUGGCUAGCAAUGACGUGCUCAAUGCUAUGGUGUCGGUCUGCUGCUUCGCGCACCAGUCGGUGGUGGAGGCGAGCGAGCGGUUCAAGGAGCAGCUCAACCGCAUCAACUACGUCACGCCCAUGUCCUACAUGGAGAUGCUCGGCGCCUACGCUGAGAUGUUCCGCAAGAAGCAGAAAGCUAUACUUAACGAGUCUAAUGCUCUUAAAACGGGUUUGAACAAGCUAAACCAGACAGAAAUCGAAGUAAAAGAGCUUCAGAUCGAACUGGCCGAGCUGAAGCCGCUCAUGGAGAAGGCGGCCGAGGAGACCAGGAAGGUCAUCGAACAGAUCGCGACUGACACGGCGAUAGCGGAAGAAGCUCGUGAGAAAGUGGAGAAAGAAACUGUGAUGGCGGAGAAGUUGGCUGCCAUUAACGCCGCCAUGGCCGAAGACGCACAGAGGGAUCUCGAGGAAGCGAUGCCAGCGCUGCGUGCAGCAGAGAAAGCGCUGCAGGAGCUGAACCGCAACGACGUGGUGGAAGUCAAGGCUAUGAAGAAACCCCCCGCCGGCGUCGUGCUCGUCAUAGAGUCGCUCUGUGUCGUCUUCGAUAUUAAACCUAUUAAGGAACAAGGAGCAUCAUUCGGCGAGAAGGUGCUGAACUACUGGAAGCCAGGCUCCCUCAUGCUGUCGGACCCCUCCGCCUUCCUCGACUCGCUCCUCAAGUUCGACAAGGACUCCAUCACUGAGGAUAUGAUCAAGAAGCUUAAGAGAUUCGUCGUUAACCCGGAUUAUGAUCCCGCUAAGAUUUUGAAGGUGUCGAAAGCAUGCCAGUCGCUGUGCAUGUGGGUGCACGCGAUGUACAAGUUCUACCACGUCAACAAGGGCGUGGCGCCCAAGAAGGAGGCCCUCGCCCGCGCCACCAGGGAACUGCAGAUCGUUGAAGCCAUGCUGGCCACCGCUAAGGCGAAGAUGAUAGCCUUGCUGGAAGGUAUUGCGAAGCUGAACGCGUACUUAGUGGAGAAGGAAGACGAGCGCAAGCGCAUGGAGGAGGACAUCAACCAGUGCCUCGCGCGCAUGGACCGCGCCAACAGGUUGUUGAAUGGGCUGUCAAGCGAGCGCGUCAGAUGGAUCAAAACCAUAGCGGACUUGGACGUCGCUAUAGUCAACCUUAUUGGAGAUAUCCUGAUCAGCGCUUGCGCCGUGGGUUACAUAACGCCUUUCACAGACGAGUUCAGAAGAGAACUACUAAAGAAUUGGAUUGAACAUAUGGAGAAAGUGCAAGUGCCACACACGUCUGGUGCUACGCCGAUAUCAACUUUGGGUGAUGCUGUGCAGAUAAGAACAUGGCAGAUGUACGGCCUGCCUCGAGACCCAAUGUCCGUAGAGUCUGCGGUGUUGAUGUCCAACUCUCGACGGUGGCCGCUUAUUAUCGACCCUCAGACACAGGCUAACAAGUGGAUUAGAGCUAUGGGGAAACUAGAAGGCUUAGUAGUAUGCAAACCUAACGACAGAGAUCUUUUGAGGAACUUCGAAUCAGCGCUGCGGUUCGGUAAGCCUAUUCUAUUGGAGAACGUCGGACAAGAACUGGACCCGGCCUUAGAUCCUGUCUUAAAGCGUCAAUACUUCCGUCAAGCGGGUCAAUUAGUACUAAAGCUGGGUGACUCUCUGAUCCCCUACAUGGCUGGCUUCAAGCUGUAUAUCACCACCAAGCUGCCCAACCCCAAGUAUAAGCCUGAGACCUCUGUCAAGGUUAUGGUCGUUAACUUCGCACUUGUGCCUAGCGGCCUAGCAGAGCAACUGCUAUCAACCGUAGUAGCUCAAGAGCGACCCGACCUAGAAGAGCUACGAGGUCAGCUCAUCGUCUCCCGAGCUCAGAUGGCAGCUCAGCUCGCAGAGAUGCAAGCUGACAUCCUGUAUGGCCUGUCCAACAGUCAGGGUUCGCCGGUCGAUGACCUGCCUCUCAUACUUACCCUCGAAGCUAUCAAAAUUAAGAGCGCGGAAAUCAUUAUAAAAGUAGAAGACAUAGAACGCACAACGCUAGAGAUAGACGAGGCCCGCAGCGGGUAUGUACCCGUCGCCGACAGGGGGUCUAUUCUGUUCUUCUGUUUAUCCGACAUGGCGAAUGUGGACCCCAUGUACCAGUACUCGCUCGAGUGGUUCGUCAAGCUCUUCGUGAGGGCCAUGGCUGAGACUGAGCCUAAUGAGGACAUAGUAGAGCGCGUGGACACGAUAAUAGUCCACUUCACGUUCCUGCUGUACCAGAACGUGUGUCGCAGCCUGUUCGAGCGCCACAAGCUGCUGUUCGCGUUCCUGCUGUGCGCCAGGAUCCUGCUCGACCGCGGCGCCAUCCGCGCCACCGAGUUCAACUUCCUGCUCAGCGGCGCCAAGCUUGACACUGAAGUAGAGAACCCGGACCCCAAGUGGAUCUCUCCGCGCAUGUGGAUAGAGAUACAGCAGCUGGCCACUCUGCCCACCAUGGCCACGAUACUGCGGGACUUCUCCAACAACGUCAAGUUUUUCAAGACUUACUACGACUCCUAUACGCCACAUAAGUUGCCAUAUCCGAAGCCGUUGGACACCCAGUAUGACACCUUCCAGAAGCUUCUUGUCCUGAAAUGUGUUCGACCUGAUAAGCUGAUCCCAGGAUUACAGGAUUACGUGGUGACGGGGCUGGGCGCUCGGUUCGUGGAGCCGCAGCCGGCGGACUUAGCGGCACUGUACGCCGAGUCCGACCCUCUCGCGCCCAUCAUCUUCGUGCUGUCCACAGGCACCGACCCGGCCGCCGAUCUACUGAAGUUCGCGGAUAAGAUGAAGAUGGGCAAACGGUUUGAGAGCAUCUCUCUAGGCCAGGGUCAGGGUCCGUAUGCUGAAGCCAUGAUGAGGGUCGGCUGUGACUUCGGCAACUGGGUGUUCUUCCAGAACUGCCACUUGUCUCCAUCCUGGAUGCCUGUCCUGGAGCUGAACGUGGAACACAUUCAGCCGGAGCUGGUGCACAAGGACUUCCGUCUCUGGCUCACUUCUACACCUUCUCCGUUCUUCCCCGUCGCACUGCUGCAAAAUGGUUAUAAGAUGACAGUGGAGCCACCUAGAGGAAUAAAGGCGAACCUGUUAAAAGCAUUCAUGAACCAAGUUCCUGACUUCAUGGAGUACUUCCACUCACAGGACCCGAAAGUUCCUAAUUUUAAGUGGUUGCUGUUUUCCCUAUGUCUAUUCCACGGCGUGGUACUAGAGCGGCGCAAGUUCGGGCCGCUGGGGUUCAACAUCCCCUACGAGUUUACGGACGGCGACCUGCGCAUCUGCAUCUCGCAGCUGCACAUGUUCCUCAACGAGUACUCCGAGGUGCCGCUCAGGAUGUUAACGUACACGGCGGGACACAUCAACUACGGCGGCCGCGUGACGGACGACUGGGACCGGCGCUGCCUGCUCACGCUGCUGGCGGACUACUACACGCUGUCCGUGCUCACCGACCGGUACACCUUCGACGAGAGCGGCGCUUAUCGACAGCAACCCCCGGCUGCAAACAUAGAAGACUACACGAAAUACAUCCGUACUUUACCUCUGAACGAUGACCCCUCGCUGUUCGGCCUCCACGCCAACGCGAACAUCAGCUACGCCAUGACCGAGACCAACUACAACCUCUUCACACUCCGCGACCUUCAGCCCAAAGAGAUAGCGGCAGGUGAAGGUGCGUCCAUAGAGCAGAUCAUAGAGAACGCUGCGAAUGACAUCAUCCGCGUUCUGCCCAAACCACUAGACGCCGAACAUAUUGCUACCGCGUACCCGGUGUCUUACAAGGAGUCUCUGAAUACGGUGCUGAUACAGGAAGCUAACCGCUACAACAAACUGCUGGGCAUCAUAAGCACAUCGCUCAAGGAUUUACUAAAAGCUCUCAAAGGUUUGGUGGUGAUGUCUGAGGCUCUUGAGAAUAUGGCCGACAGUCUGUCCAAAAAUAUAGUGCCUGGCAUGUGGAGUUCCAUGGCGUAUCCUUCGCUCAAACCACUGGCUGCAUGGGUGAAAGACCUGUGUCUCCGAGUGCAGUUCAUGCAAGAGUGGGCAGCCAGCGGCAUCCCCAAGGUGUUCUGGAUCUCUGGCUUUUACUUCCCCCAGGCGUUCCUCACCGGCGCUCUGCAGAACUACGCCAGGAAACAUGUCAUAGCUAUCGACACGAUUGCUUAUGCUUUUGAGGCACUACAGCAGGCGCCGCAGAAGAAGCCGGAGGACGGGUGCUGCGUGCGCGGGCUGUUCCUGGAGGGGGCGCGGUGGAACAGUGGAGACAUGUCGCUCGAGGAGAGCAAGCCCAAGGAGCUGCACACGCAAAUGGCGAUUCUCUACAUGAAACCGGAACAGAACCACCGUCUACAACAGAAUCUGUACGAGUGUCCCACAUACAAGACGUUACUGCGGGCUGGUACUCUGUCCACUACUGGACAUUCCACCAACUACGUGAUGACCAUAGAGCUUAACACGCAUAAACCGCAGUCGCAUUGGAUCAAACGAGGCGUUGCGCUGUUUUGCGCACUCGAUUAUUAGGCCAUAUUUCAGUAUUAAAUGCAAUUUUCCUAACUUCAUAUGCUUGCUAAUAGUAGAAAUACACGAUAAAUAAGUUGCGCAAUUUUGCGCAAUAACUUGAUUUAGUACUUUUCUUUGAUAACUGUUCGUGGUUACUAUUAAUAAAUACCCAUUGAUAAUAAUGGAAUAUAAUAAGUUUUGGGCAAUACUCUGAUGGAAAUUCACAUACCUACAAGACGUUAUGCUGUUUUGCGCUCUCGAUUAUUAAGUAAGGUUUUAGUAUGAAGGCUAUUUAUCUUACUCUAUAUGUAUUGUUAAUGGUAGAAAUACACGAUAAAUAGGUUGCGCAAUUUUGCGCAGUAAUGUUAAUUUAGUCUACUUCAUUAUAACUGUUUCUGGAUAACAUUAAAAAACAUGUGCCUAAUAAUGAUUAAUAAGUAUAUGCCCAUUUCAAAUAAUGAUAAUAUCAGUUUGCGCAACUUUGCGCAAUGCAUGAUUGGAAACACGGCUAUGUUCUUACAAUAUACUUGAUAAAUAUGCAAUAAUCUGUAUUCAUGGCGUUUUAGAAAUGCUUUAAACAUUUUAAAACCAAUGUUAUAAUUAAAACGACUUUGUAACGAGAAUUUACUGUUGUCAGUAGUUUUUUUGUUAUGUAAAAUGAUUUUAUAUUAUGAUGUUCUAUUGUUAUUUGUGUUAGUGUUUUAAUAAAUAAAUGAUUAAUUGUUA